AUGACCCAGGUAGCCCUCGUCUUCAGCCUUACGACUGGCAUACUGUCUGUCUUCCUCGCGUUUACCUUACGACGGCAUAUGGACAGCCUCUUGGAGCCCUCUGAUGUGAAGAAGUGGUUUGGCACACCCGCCAACAAACAGGGGACCCCCACAGACGUUGACAGGCAGGUCUGCCAAGACUCGCCUCGUAGUCUCAAGCAUGAACAAGGUGGUGAAGCGACUUACGGCAUGAACUGCCCGGACCGCGUGGUGAGGGCCAGGGAACCGAUGAAAAGCAUGCGUUGGAAGAAUGUAUCGUUUCAUGCGGCCUUUAUGAUGAGAAUCCCGACUAUGUUAUCGGUUUGGUCCUCGGGAGCAUUUAUUCUUGGGGUUGGAGUAUACACAGUGGCCCAUUGGGCCUUGAAUGAGGAAGCUCCCAACUUUGACACAGCAGAUUCUUCUCAAGACGGAUGCAGCUCUCUGGUCUUCCUCGUUGCGUAUAAUGUUGCCAUGGUUCUUGGUCUGCUGCUGGUCUUAGUGCCAAGCGUUCUAAAGUAUGUCCAGGAUGCACCAAUCCGACAACUCGACAAGGGGACGAACCCAACCAAAGGCCGGUCUAAGCUAGACUUUGAAAACCGCUAUGGGGACUUUGAGGAAUACUUUGAAGACUCUGGAGAACUUUUCAACGACUUCAAAGAAUGCUGUAGAGACUUUGAGGAAACCUUCGGCUACUUCGACAAACUCUAUACAGACUUGGAAGAUAUCUUCUGGGGGUCGGUCGGGGAACCGGGAAGUUACGGAACACUGACAGACGAGUACUGGGAUGUUCUUCUAAAUAAUUUGGCAGAACCUUCCGGAAAUACACCUGCCCAGGAGGAUACACAGACGCAAGGAUCUUGUCAAGAGGAGGGUAGACAGAGGGACAAUAUUGCGGAGGAGGCCACACAAUCGGGUGUCGAGGAGGACAGUGGCGUCAGGAGUGACUCCUCUUCACCUGAAGAAGGGCCUGCUAACUCGCAGGGACAGCCUCUCAGUUCGAUAUGGGGUACUCGUUUCAAACAGCCGACCCUAAAACUAAUGAAGAGCAGAAUGGAGCUUAUGAUAGAUGCCGAGGAGCGAAACAUCAAGCGCUUGCGACUAAUGUUACUGAAGGUGAAGUUAAACAAGUAUAAAUGA